AUGUCCUUCAGAGAAUCUGACUUUGACGCUGGUGACCGAAUCUCUCAGUUCUGUGUGUUCUCUCUCACAUCAAACUUUUCACUCACUCGCAAGGGAAAAAUCCUCGACGGCGGCAAGAGCUGCACACUAAGCAGCCACACACUCGAUGCGGCUCGAGGCUGGAGCUUGCGCACUCUUAUCGCCGAAUCCACCCACCACAACAUCGUCGACUCGAACUUCUCUCCACUUCUCUCUGACGACUGUUGUGGACCCUUCGUGUCUUUUUCUCGCUCGCCCUUCCAUCCCUCACACGGCGUUCCCAGUCAGCGUGCCAGCACCCUCCACUUCGCUCGCUCUCGCGCCCCGCCAGCCGAGAGAGUCCGUCUAGCUUGGCCAAGGUGCCAUGGACGAGCAGCAGGGUCACAGCCCACUCUUCGUAGGGCCCGGCAUGGCGAGGCGUGGGAUUGUCAAUCAUUCAUGGCCAUGAUGGGUGCGGUGACGGAGCGUGGGGCCAUGGGCGUGAACGUGGAUAUCGACGUCAAACAUGGUUCAAGAUGUACGGAUACGCCGUGGCGUACAAGUAGGCGCACCAAACACGCCAACCCUCUAGCACCGGGGCCGAGAAACACCACUACGGUCACCACGCUCCAAGCAAGGAACCGGCGACGAGUCGACUACGGGCCCGUGGAGCCUCCCGGUCUGCUCGUUGCCGUUUCUGUUGCUGUGUUUUCCUGGGAUCUGCUUUCCUCCGCUCGAUUCUCAGCUGUAGCUUCUCCAGUUCUUUCUCCCUUCUCCGUCUUGUGUUUUUCGCCAUUCAUUACGUCCCGUCUCUCCGCUCCUUCCGCCUGCUUUCCAAGCUUCUCGACUCCAUUGAUCAUCCCCUCCUCGCCCUCUCCUCCUCUUCCUUGA